CAUACUCGACCGUUGACAUAUAUAUAUAUAUAAAAGUAUCUUCCUUCUUAGUUUCAAAUUCAUACUCGACCGUUGACAUAUAUAUAUAUAUAUAUGUAUGUAUAUGAUGACUUCGUGGGUUAGGAUAUGGUUUGUGGUGUUCAUAACUUUGUUGAUUUCGAAUUGGCAAAGUUUUGUUUGUGGAGAGCCUCAAGUACCUUGCUAUUUUAUAUUUGGUGACUCAUUGUUCGAUAAUGGCAACAAUAAUGAUCUUAACACCACCGCCAAAGUCAAUUAUAGGCCGUACGGGAUUGAUUUUCCUCUUGGACCAACUGGCAGAUUUUGCAACGGUCGAACCAGCGUUGAUAUCAUUGCUCAACUUCUGGGCUUUGAAAACUUCAUUCCACCUUUUGCGACAGCAAGCGGCGAGCAAAUCCUCCAAGGCGUGAAUUAUGCAUCCGGUGGAGCUGGCAUUCGCGACGACACUGGAAUGAACCUGGGUGCUCGGAUAAGCUUUACCCAACAGCUAAUAAAUCACCAAACUACCAUUUCACGCAUUGCUCAACUGCUAGGCAAUGAGUCUUCUUCCACCACAGUGACAGACUACUUAAACAAGUGCAUAUACACAGUUGGUUUUGGAAGUAAUGACUACAUCAACAACUACUUCUUGCCCAAUUACUACCCAACAAGCACUCUCUAUACCCUAGACGAAUAUGCUGUGGCCCUCAUGCAACAAUAUUCUCUCCAACUAAGCAUUUUGUACACGGCUGGAGCAAGGAAGGUAUCAAUAUUCGGAUUAGGUAACAUAGGUUGUGCCCCAAAAGAAAUGGCAGACUUUGGCACUAAUUACACCUGUGUUGGGAUGAUGGACAGUGCAUGUCAGAUUUUUAAUGCCCACCUCGUUUCUCUGGUUGAUUCUUUCAACGACCUUCUACCUGAUGCACAAUUUAUCUACAUCAACAGCUCCGGAAUGGCAGCUACCGGUUUUACAGAUGUGAGCACUCCAUGCUGCAGUGUAACAGACGAAUUAUGUGAACCUAUGGAAGUUACAUGUAGCAACCGGUCGGAGUACGUAUUUUGGGACGGAGUCCAUCCCACCGAGGCAUAUAAUCUGAUCACCGGAGGAAGAGCGUACGGUGCUGAGUAUUCGACCGACGCUUACCCGACGGAUAUCCGCGGACUAGUCAUCUCUAACGAAACAGAUUCAGACCACCAAGCCAGGCCGCGGCAGGCAAUGUAAAUUGUGUGUUGCAAAUAGUAUAUGCCCUUCAUUAAAUAAUGGUUGUGAAUUCUCAUUAGCGUGCACUUGCGAGUUAAAACAAUUAUUGUAUCCCAAGUGGAACUUUUGGUAUGUAAUUUUCAGUCUACACAUGCAUAUGCCCUGUCUGUACUAUGAAACUGCAAUUGAUUUUGCGUUCCAAGGCAUUUUAAUGGUAAGCAUUAAAUAUUCUAUCGGAA